CAUCCGUGAGUCAUUUUCUACCCAUCUCUGGGCACGCGGUAGUGACCACCCUAAGAGGUUUGCAGACUUGCAGAAUGGCAGAAGCGGAUCCUAACAGGGUCUCGGAACCUGCCGCCCAGGGGGUGGAUGGAGAGAUGGUAGCUAUCUCGUCUAGCGAUUCUGGGGACGAGUCUGACAGCAGCAGCUAUAGCAGCAGCAGUAGUUGCAGUAGCAGCAGUGGCCGCAGCCCAUUCUAUAGACGUAUAAGUGUACCUGGGCCCUCCAGAAGUGUGAGGCGGGCUCCGUCAGGUAGAAGUUUCGUGGAUCAGCUGCCUCGGGCGGUUAGAAAUCGUGUGCAGGCUCUCAGAAAUAUUCAAGACGAAUGUGACAAGGUAGACGCCCUGUUCUUAAAGGCAGUUCACGAUCUCGAACGAAAAUAUGCCGAACUCAAUAGGCCUCUGUACAACCGGCUAUUCCAAAUCAUCAAUGCAGAAUAUGAGCCCACGGAAGAAAAAUGUGAAUGGAAUUCGGAGGAUGAGGUGUUCAGCAGCGAUGAAGAGAUGCAGGAAGACUCUAGUGAGAUGCCUGCUUUAGAGAGUGAGGAAGAAGAGGAUGACCUGGAAGCAAAACCUGAGGUCAAGGCUGAAGAAAAUGUAACACCAAAAGAAAAUUCCGAAGCAAAGACUGAAGAAAAAGCACAGUCCAAAGAUGCUCUGGAGGCCAGGCCUGAAGUUAAAGAAGAUCCAAAAUAAGCCCUCCAGGCAAAGGCAGAAGAUAAAGGGCAGGCUAAAGCAGCAGAGGCUAAGGCAAGGACUCCAGGAAAAGAGGCUCCAAAAAGAGUUCCUGAGGUCACGCCUAAAGACAGAGCUCUUAAAAGAGCUCGAAAGGGAAAGCCUAAAAGAUAAGAUCCUAAAGGCAUUCCUGACUAUUGGCUGACUGUGUUCAAGAAUGUUGACAAGCUGGGGCCCAUGAUUCAGAAGUAUGAUGAGCCCAUUCUGAACUUCUUGUCUGAUGUUAGCCUGAAGUUUUAAAAACCCAGCAGGCCUGUAAGUUACACAUUUGAAUUUUGCUUUCUACCCAAUCCAUACUUCAAGAAUGAGGUGCUGACCAAGAGAUAUAUAAUAAAGUCAAAGGCAGAUCGCAAUGAUCCCUUCUUCUCUUGGGACUGGGAAAUCCAAGAUUGCAAAGGCUGUAAGAUUGGAGAAGAGGAAAGGAUGUCACGAUGACAACCACCCAGAGUUGCACAGCAGCUACUGGACAAGUUGAAACCCAGCCAAGAGUGGUUCCUGAUGCAUCAUUCUUCAAUAUCUUUAGCCCUCCUGAGAUUCCUACUAUCGGAAAGCUUGAACCACGAGAAGAUGCUAUCCUUGAUGAAGAUUUUGAAAUUGGUCAAACUUUGCAUGAUAACAUCAUCCUGAAAUCAAUCUAUUACUAUACAAGAGAAGUCAACGGUACCUAUGAUUCCAUAAAGAUUAUGGAAAUAGGAAAUAACGAAAAUAUAAAAGAGGCUGCAUGAAAGAAUUUUCAGGAAUCUCAAAUUUCAAGCAGAAAUGAAACAGGUUUAUAUAGCUUUGAAAAAACCUGCCCUGUAAUCUCAACACUAGUAUUCCUCAUAGUCUUGAGUUUUUGUACUUUCUUCAUAGCCUCAAAUAUAGUCUUAAAUUGUCUUAAAUAUCAGUUGAUUCUAUCUAGCCUGUUGUUGUGUAAUAUUCUUCAAAACGUGUAACUUGCUGUCAGUUGUCUAAAGCAUGUUGUUUGGUGCUACAAAGUUUUAAUUUUUGUGAAAUUUUUUGUUGUGUUCCUAUUACAAUAUAGCUGUGAAAACUGUAAGAAUUGUUAACCAAGACAAUAUUUCCUUGGAAUAAAACAAAGUUCCUGAAAUAUCAAUGCAAGUUUUUUUUUUUUUUCCAGACUGGAAGACUAAGGCUUUAAAUCUGCUUUGUACUAGCUGUGCUUUCAUUUGCUACAGAAAUACAAUAUUAUACUAGCUUGCACAGUGCAUUGUGAAAUUUGACUGCUUGAAAAAAGAUUAGCAUACAUUUAAUAAUGUCCAUCAAACCAUGUAUGAUAUGACUGAGCAUGUUAAUGUGACAUAGUGAUUUAUAAAUUUAAGUAUAAUGAAGUUACUGUUUACUGCUGAGGUGUUAAUAUAACAUAGCAUUUUUUAAAAAAUUCUGCUCAUCUUAUCCUGUGUAACUGUGAA